CGUAGUAACGGCUAGUUAAUGGGGAACUCUAAAUAUCGAUCCGCCGCUCGGCGGCGCUGAACGCAACUCGGUCCCUUGGUUACCGAAAGCAUAGCCGAAAGUAAAUAAGUUUAGUGUAUCACGAAUAUGAGUUGUCAGAUAACUCGUUCAAAAUCUUUGGUAAAAUGCCGACAGAGUGUUGCGUACCAUUCUGUAAUAAUAGUGGAGGGCAUGCAUUCCCUAGAUCUGAUGAAUCGCGGUUUAAGGCAUGGAAAACAGCAGUAAGACGAGGAGAAAAAGAUUGGGUUCCGUCAAAGCAUGCCGUAGUAUGUUCGGAACACUUCGAUGAUGAUGAUUAUAUGCCGGGACUUACUACAACAGGUACCAGUAGACUGCAAAAAAGACUAAAGAGGACUGCUGUGCCACAUAUAUUCCCCUGGCAGAAGGCAUCAUCUUCUAGUGAGUUGGAAAGGAGGGAACGAGCUAGAAGGAAGGUGCAAUUUGAUGCGGCGCAAGAAAGUGAAAUAGAAAAACGGCGAAAGUUGGAGGAUAAGGCGAAUGUGUCAUCUAAUGUAGACGUCUACGAGGAAAUUGUAGAAGCCACUGAUGAUCACGUUGGAGGUGUUGGUGCAGGCAACUCAUUGCAGGAAACUGUAACUGUGAUGCGAGAUGUGGCUGUCCAGUGUCAGUUAACUCAACGUUUUUCAGCUACAUUCUUUGUCAACGACCCUAAGGGAAUACACUUCUACACAGGACUAGAGAAUUAUGCAAAAUUCCUAUUCGUUUUUCAAACACUUGGACAAGCAGCAUAUCAUCUAAACUAUUUCCAUAGAGUAUCACCAUCGCUGCCAGUCAUAGACCAGUUCUUUCUCACCUUGGUCAAGCUCCGUCAACACAUGCCAAAUUUUGCAAUCUCAAGAACCUUUGCCAUAUCUGUAAAUUCAGUCACAAAUAUCUUUGUGACAUGGAUUAACUUUAUGUCACAUGAGUGGAGCGAGCUCACCUGGUGGCCGAGUCAAGAUCUAGUAUACUAUUUCACACCAUCUGACUUUCGUGCAAAAUUUCCAACAACAAGAGUGAUUCUAGAUGGCACAGAAUUUCCGAUUAAAAAGCCAAAAAAUCCACUGUUACAACAAGCGACAUUUUCCACUUAUAAAAACAAGAACAUGGCCAAAGUUGUGGUUGGAGGAACACCAGGAGGGCUGAUAUCUUACGUAUCUGAUGCAUAUGGCGGAUCAGCCAGUGACCGUCAGAUAAUAGAGAGGAGCGGCAUGCAGCAGAUGUGCGAACCUGGAGACAGCAUAAUGGUGGAUAAGGGGUUCAACAUACAAGACCUAUUUGUUUCAGCAAACGUGUUCAUUAACAUUCCACAAUUCUUCAAAAAUAAGAACCGUCUAUCUAUAUCCACAAUUUUAAAAUACAGAAAGGUUGCCAGUAAACGAGUGCACAUUGAAAGAUUAAUUGGUCUAGUCAAGACAUAUAAAAUUUUAGAGCAUCGGUUAAACAAAACUGAGAUAGCACUUGCUAGUGAGAUAACAACAGCUUGCUGCUACCUUUGCAAUUUUAGAAAAUGCAUUGUACCAAGAACAGCAUAGAUAAAGUUGGUAUAGAUAAACAUUCACAAGAAAAGUAUUAUUAUGUGAUAUUAUUAUUGUCUAAUAUAU